GUAUUUAGUGUCUUGACGGAAAUAUCAAUUUGUGCAGUUGUAGUUCUUUUGAGUUAUUUAAAAAAAUAAUACAUGAAUAUAAACAUUUUGUCAAUUUGAAUGUCCUACAGACAACCGGUUAUCUAAAGUGAUACUAGCAAUAAAAACAGUCCGGUAAACAAAUUUGUGGAGGUUACGUGAUGGAAGUCCACAUAACCGAUAGAAUCCGGAAGUUUUUAACAGAAAUUACAAAAGAAAAUGCAAACAACUACGCCAUAGAAAUUAAAACGGACACGGGAAAAUGUGAAGGAUUUUCUAGUGUAAUUGUGCCCGUAGAUUUGGUGUCUGACGGCGAUUGCAUCGAGCUUAUACUGAAGAUCGGACCCAGCGAAACCCUACGUAAAACAAUCCCCUUCGAAAAAGUAUUCCAGAGGGAAGCCUUUAUUUACGACACGGUCCUACCGGAAUUCCAUCGGCUACAGCUGCAACACAAAAUUCCUGAUGUGCUGCUAUUUAAUAACUACCCCAAGUGUUUUAAAACGUCGCUCGACUAUUUGGAUGAAGUGUUGAUAUUAGAAAAUUUGUCGGGAAGUAAACAAUACAAACUAUGGGACAAACGCGUGCCUAUGGAUAAAUUCCAUGUAGAGUUGGUGUUAAGAACUUAUGCCAAGUUACACAGUCUGUCCCUGGUUCUGCGAAAAACCAAUCCGGACAAACUAUCCGACAUCGCAAAAAACACACAGGACGUUUAUAUGAACAUAAUUCGGAAUUGUGGCACAAUCGACAUCAUAAAAAACCUUAUAAAAAGGACUAUGAAUGCUUUGGAUGGGGAGGAAGUGAUGGUGGAGAAACUCGGGAAAUUUCAAGAGCACUUAAUCGAAAUUAUGGACGACUUGACCCUUGUCAAUGCUUCUGGGGAAUACAGUGUUGUGGGUCACGGAGAUAAUUGGACGAAUAAUCUCUUGUUCAAAUAUGAGGAAGGUGAAACCAAAAAACCCAUAGACGUAAAAUUCAUCGAUUGGCAACUUUCCAGAUACGGAUCUCCAGUCAUGGAUUUGUCCUAUUUCCUAUAUUCCUGUGUCGAUGAAGAACAUUUAAAAACUCUCGACCACUACCUCAAAAUCUACCACGAGAGCCUCUCUUCCCACUUGAAGCUUUUCAAUAUUAGCACAGAAGAAUUGUUUCCUUGGACUGUUCUCCAGGAGCAUUGGAAAAAAUUCGCCAAGUUCGGUUUGCAAAUGUCGUUUCUGGUGGUACAUGUAUCUGUUAUGUCUGAAGCUGAAACACCGAAAGUCGACGGUGCUAGUUCCGAAGAUUUUUUAAAAGCUUUCGAAGCUUCUUCCGUUAACGACGAAGUGUACAUCAAUAGAAUGAAGUGUAUUGUGCAGCAUUUUAUUGAUAAUGAUUUUCUGUGAUUAUUAAAAGUUAUUUAAUUAUUUAGAAUCUAUGUAGAACUUAUUCCUAAGAUGUAAUAUGUAAGAUAUUGUAAACCAUUUAUGCUCACCUCAUAAACUAUUUAUGAACAUUAUACCAAUAGUGUGUUUUAAAAGUCAUUAUUUAUAUAACUUUAUUAAUUAAUAUUUUAGGCAGUUUAAGAAUGACAUUUAAUUACACCGUCCUAUUUCGUUAUCUUAACAAGUAUCCUGAAUAGUCAGUUUAUUAAAACUUUGCACUUCCAAGUUUAUUUGAACGUAAAUAUGGCUUACACUAUGUUAUGAAAUUUACUCGUGUUGAAAUUCUGAAUAUUUAAUAAAAUAAUUUUAAUAAAGUCUUGCUUGGGUUAAACUAAAUUUAACUAAAUAUUUUUUAAUAACUGGUAAACUAUUUUAAUUUUAGAAAUUAGUAAUUAUAGUGUUCUUUCGCCAACGAUGAAGUAUUUUAUUGAUUAUGGUUUUCUGUGAUAAUUAAAACUUAAUUUAUUUAAUAAAUUUAUUUCAAUAAAUUUGUAAACGUACACACACUG